GCCCGGGGGCGGGGCCUCCCUCCUGCCUCCUCCCUCCUCCCGUGGCCCGGCGCUGUGGGCCGGCGCGGGUAGGCCGCCGGGACGCCGUGCACACGCUUGCGCCUCGCGUCCUGACGCGACUUCUACGUCGCCGCCGCCGCCGCCGCCGCCGUGGCGUCAUGACUUCCGGGCGCCGCGGCCGCCAUAUUGCUCGCGCGGAAGCGCUACGGUUGGGUGGGGGUCCCGGAGCGGUUGCGUCGCGGUCGGUGCGGCCGCCGCUAUGCCGUCGUCGCCGCUGCGGGUGGCGGUGGUGUGCUCGAGCAACCAGAACCGGAGCAUGGAGGCGCACAACAUCCUCAGCAAACGGGGAUUCAGUGUCCGGUCCUUUGGAACAGGAACUCAUGUGAAGCUCCCAGGACCAGCACCCGACAAGCCAAAUGUUUAUGAUUUCAAAACUACAUAUGAUCAGAUGUACAAUGAUCUCCUUAGGAAGGACAAAGAACUCUAUACGCAGAAUGGCAUCUUACAUAUGUUGGACAGAAAUAAGAGGAUCAAGCCACGGCCAGAAAGGUUCCAGAACUGCAGAGACCUGUUUGAUCUGAUCCUCACCUGUGAAGAGAGAGUGUAUGAUCAGGUGGUGGAAGAUCUGAACUCCAGAGAGCAGGAGACCUGCCAGCCAGUGCACGUGAUCAAUGUGGACAUCCAGGACAACCACGAAGAGGCCACCCUGGGGGCGUUCCUCAUCUGCGAGCUGUGCCAAUUCAGCACACCGAGGACAUGGAGAACGAGAUCGAUGAGCUGCUUCAGGAGUUUGAGGAGAAGAGCGGCAGAGCCUUCCUGCACACGGUCUGCUUCUACUGACCCACCUGGCCGGGCGCCCGGGGCGCCACCCACCCUCCUGAAGCUGUCUUUUUGAGCUUCCUUUUGUUAAUACUUUUUCCUUCCUGAUAUUUGUUUUUACUUUUGGGUAUUCUGCCGGCCACGGCAGUGGCACCCAAUAAACUGUGCAUAGGAAAUGCGAGGACACACAGAUGCCAGAUUCAAAACAAUCACGUUUUCUCCCUCCCGCUUUUACUUACGAGUGGGAUGUUGAUUAUAAAGGUUUUUUUUUUUUCCUUUACCCAGGAAAGUAAACUACGGUUUAUGGUACAUUUUGCCCAUGCAUUUGUGGCUUUCAUUGUGGUCCCUUCCCCUCUGCCCCCCAAACUUGCUGGAAUGUACAAAUAACCUGAAUAAAGCAACGGGCUUUAUCUUGCUAGGAAAGAACCUGCAGUUG